AUGGAAGUUAUUAAAUACUUGGCACAUUUACAUGCUUAUUUGUCUUUACCAAAAAUUAAAGAAAAAUGGCAAAAGAAUUUUGUAACGAUAGAAGAAAUGUGGGGGCAGAGUAGUGAAGAAUUUGGUUCAGCAAUGAUUGAACAAAUUAUGGAACUUGAUGAAGAUAUUGUGGAACCAUUUAAAAUAAUUGGGAAUAUAGUUAUGAAACCAGAUUUUGUUAAAUGGAUAAAAGAAAAAUGUGAAAAUGAUUAUGGUGUUUCUGAAAUCCUUACACAUGGGGAUUUGUGGAAUAAUAAUUUAUUAUGGUAUAACAAUAAUCCAAACAGACUUGCAGCUUUUAUAGAUUGGCAAUUGGCAACUAUAGGUAAAUAA